UUAAACAUUAUUUUUAAGGACUUCAAAUUGUAUUUGUAAUUGAAUUUGUCUUCAAUUGUAUAUAAUUCGAAUACAUUUAACCUGAAAAUUCUAUUUAAAACAACUUGUAUAUCACCAUUUAGAUUAUUGAGCUAAGAUUGUUUUUAUGUUAUUUGCAUUUAUGCUUACUCCAUUUAAUUCAAAAGUAAACACACGCGAAUUAACCUUUCGAACAUGUAGAAUCUCGUGACGCGUAGAACGUUUAGAAUCUCUUCAAACGUCACCGGUGACCCUGCAGCACAAACGCAAUUAACUUUGUUGGUUUGCAGUUGGUUUGCAAAAACGAUCUCUGAUUUUGUUAAAGUGAACACAUUGUUGAAUGAUGGCGGAUGGAUUCAGUAUCAACGAGUUGACUGUGAUGGAGAAGCCAAAGCAAAAACGGCGCUUUAAAUUUCCCUCUUUCCUAAAGGCUGCCCGGAAAAUCAAAAUCUUCCGGAGCCAGAAACAGACGCAGUUCAAGCAAGCGCCUGAAAGAGGCAGUGAUGGUAAGUCAUAUUUAUAAAGUGAUAUGAGUCUUCGUAUUCAGGAGUUUCACUGAUUAUUGAGUGCCGUUUUCGUCCAGUUUCAGCAGGCAGACUCCUAAUUAACAGACCUUAAACCGGCCUUAAUUUAGGCUGAAGCUCCUGAAAUCAGGCCCAAAACAUUUUUAAGUUGUCCCAAUGAAAUCUCAAGAAUUGUGUUGUUUCAGCUUACUUUAAUUAGUUUGAACAAGUAAAAAGUGUAUAGAAUAUUACAAACAUAUUAAUUUGCUUAGAUAUGUAAUAUGAACAUAAUUUUAAAGUUUUUGGUGCAUUGACCAAUUGUGUAAGCAGAUUUUGAAUUUGUGGUAACAAAAGCUUAGCUACGGUAAUCAUUUGCGUUUUUCUUUUAGUUUAAUUUGUUGUGAAACUUUGGUAAUGUGAAUGUUCUACAAAUUGUAUUUUAAUUAAAUUUUAAAAUGUGUUAUCUACAUUCAUUUCUCUUAAUAGGUGAGGAGGAGGAAGUGAAAACUAAGAAGAGUAAGGUAGCAAAUUUCUUCAAAGCUACCACAAAACUCUUUGGGAUGUACUGCUUUCGUCAGGCUGAGGAGCAGCUCUCUGACUCUGAAGGCUCUGAUGCAGAUGACUUUCUGUGCCAAUCCCAGUCUGAUCAGAGUCUGGAGGUUGCUCCGGACAUCGUUCAUGAAGUGAGCUGUGUGAUGGACGACCUAAAGGUGGACGAGACAAAUGACUUGACACUCAACGUAGAGUACGUCAAAAAAGAGGAGGAGGAGGAGGAGGAGAUGAGAAUGAAUGAUGCGAAGAACACAGAGGAGGACAAGAUCAAAAAGAGAAAGAGGAGGAGGAGGAAUAGGAUGAAAGAGGAGAAGGAGAUGAAGAUGAAAGAGGAGAGGUUGACAGAAAACGAAGAAAAGGAGGAGAAGAAUGAGGAGAUGGUGAAGACGAACAAGAACAGAAUGAAAGAAAAUGAAGAGAAAGAGGAGAAGAAUGAGGAGAUGGUGAAGAUGAACAAGGACAGAAUGAAAGAAAAGGAAGAGAAAGAGGAGAAGAAUGAGGAGAUGGUGAAGAUGAACAAGGACAGAAUGAAAGAAAAGGAAGAGAAAGAGGAGAAGAAUGAGGAGAUGGUGAAGAUGAACAAGGACAGAAUGAAAGAAAAUGAAGAGGAGGAGGAGAUUAAGGAGAUGGUGAUAAAAGAGGAGAUGAUAACAGACAAUGAUGAGGUGGAGGAGGAGAAUGAGGAAGAGAGGGAAAAGACAAAGAAGGAGAAAGAGAAGAGAAAGGGACAAAAGAAAAGAAACAGCAAGAUAAUCAGACGGAUGAUGAGGAGGAGAAGCAAGAGAAGGAGAAUGAGGAGAGUUUGAAUCAAAAUAAUAAUUAAAAAAAAAAAA